AUGGAUACAGGAAAAUUGAAUGAACCAAAAGAAUUAAUUGAAAUAAAUAAAAUAAAUAAUAUUUUUUCAUAUCCCUUUUCUUUUUUUAACUUUAUAAAUCAUCACAAUUUUGUUUUACAUAUAUUUCGUGUGUUGCAUAUAUCAUCAUAUAGUAUAAUGGACCCCAAUGAUGACAAAUAUGAUGAAAGACAAACAAUAGACACAAAAAGAAUUAUGUACAACAAAUAUAUGAUGAGGGUAAAACAAAAUAUAUACAACUUCAAAAUGAAAAAAGAAGGAUUAAAAUAUAUUCCUAAUAAUAAUAUUUGUUCUUUAUUAAAUAGUGGUGGCCAUAUAAAAAUCUCUAUUCUGUUAAAAAGAAAAAAUAUCUUUACAAUUAAUAAAUAUUUUAAUAAUAUAAUAAAUAUUAUGAAGAAAAAAGGAUAUAAUGAAGAAAAGGUCAAAUGGUGUAUUAUUAAAUGUGGAAAUGAAAAUUUCAAAAAAUAUAUAUUUUACAAACAAUUAGAAAAUGUAAUAUAUAAAAAAAUAUGUAGAUGUAAAAAUAUGAAAAAUGAACGACUUAUUAUGUUAUUUAAAAAUCAGCAUAUAGUAGAUAAUAAUAUAGAAUUAUAUAUUUGUUAUUAUAAAAUUAUAUUCUUAUUAUUUUUAAUAUUAGAACACUGGAAUAUUUUAUACUUACAAUUUUGUAUGUUUGUAUAUAAAUAUAUAAAUAUAUACAGAAGUAUGUUUCAUUACACAUCAUUUUUGAUGUAUCAUUAUUUUGAUGAAAUAAAAUUGAAUAAUCUUAUAAAAAGAUUAUAUCAAAAUUUAAUAUCAUUUAAUAAUUUUAUUUUUUUUGAUAAUGAAUAUAAUUAUGAGAUAAAUGAUGAAAAAAAAAAUUUGUCCAUAUUAUAUAUAUUGAUAAAAAAUACUCAUAUUUUUAGAAAAGGAGAAUUAAAUAAUAUUAACAAAAUAAAUAAUUUAUUUUUACAUUUUUUACAAUAUAAAAAAAUUGCCAUAAAAGCAUAUAGAGUGAACCAAAUAAAAUCAUAUAAAAUGACUUAUAAAAUAGAUAAUAUAUUAUUAUAUAUUUCUCUCAUUAUAAUUUCUCAUUAUGUUACUAUUCGUAAUCUUAAUACUAUUGAAUUGUUGAUAAUCCGUAUAUAUUUAUGUAUAAAAAAAUAUUUGAAUCAAAAUGAAUUAACCGCAGAAAAUGUAAUAAUACCAUUUUAUAUUGUAUGUAUGGAAAAAAAAAAAGGAAUAUCAAAAUUACAUGAGUCCUAUAAGAAUUUAAUAAUUUAUCCAAAUUAUAAUUAUAUAUUUAUUCUUUUUGUAAAUGCACCAAAUUACAAAAACUGCAAUAGUAAUCAUCUUUUCUUUGUGAAUAAAAAAACGUCCUCAACGUUUAAUACAAAUUAUGUUAUUUCAAUAAGAACUCAUAAUGAUUUUAUAUACAACGCUUUAUCAUUUCAUGGAACAAAUAUGUUGAUAUGUAAAUAUAAAUCACAAGGAGAACAUAUUUAUAAUAAUAUAUUUAAUAAUAAUAAUAAUUCAAAAUUAUAUGAAUCUUUUGUUUCUUUAUUGAAUAAACAAAAUUUCUCUUCCAUAUACAUGAACAAACUGUUAUAUUGCAGUGCACUAUUAAAAACAUUAUAUUUUAUAUGUAAUUCAAAAAAGUCUACCAUUUAUGUUCCCUUUAAAUAUACAAAUACAUAUGAUCUUUCACCCGUAUUAUUGAUUGUUCAUAUAUUUUAUUAUAUUAUAAACCAUAAGAAAUAUUCACAGAAAUUAACAUAUUUUGAAAAGGAUCUCAUACACGCAACAUGUACACCUAUGUUAUAUAUUAUAUAUAAUUUUUUCUUAAUCAUAUUAAACCACAUAAAGGCAUUAGUAAAUUUUAUACUAUUAUGUAUAUAUCAGUUUUCUAUAUAUUCAAUACUUAUAUUGAUAAAAUAUAAAUUUUUUUCAUUUGCCAAUAUGAAGAAUAAAAACAAGAAUGAACGAAUGUCAUUAGAGUAUUAUAAUCUAAAAGAAAUAGACAGAAAGAUGUUUUUAUUUAAUUAUGAAGAUAUAGAGAAAGGUAAAGAUUCUAUCAAUAAAUUACCCAUUCUUAACCAAAGAAAAAAACAAAAGAAAAAAAAUAUAAUAUCAUCUGUCAAAUAUAAUUAUGAACUCAAAAGUUAUAAUACUAAUAAUGAAAAGAAAAUACAUUCAUAUAAACAUUAUAUUAAAGGUAGGAAAUUGAAAAAUAUAAAUAUAUCUGAUCAAAAUGAUAAGGAUAGUAAUAAUAAUAUUAACGCAAAUUAUAUCAAUAAUGAAAAUGAUAUGUUAUAUAAUAGGUAUCAUAAUAUGUGUAAAUAUAAACAGUAUUGUAAUAAAGACACAUAUAUUAAAAAAGUUAUAGGAAAGAAGGCAGAAAAAUGUACAAAUAUACAAGGUGAAAAAAGCCCACGUUAUAAUUUUAAUUAUAUGCCACCAUUGUUGUGGAUUUAUAAAAUAUUAAAUUAUGAAACUAAUUACAUAUAUAACAUUAUAAAACAUUCCCAUAUGUUUUGUAAGGCAAUAAUGUGUACAUCAGAUAAAACUAAUAAUUUAUCUUAUAGAAAUAAAAAAUCACAAGGUUAUUCAAACAAAAGGAAGAAUAAAAAAAGCAAAACCAAUGAUCGUGAUGAAAGGAAUAAAAAGGAAACAAAAAAAAAAGGUAAUAGUAGUGGGUCCGAUUUUGAUUUAGAAUCAGAUUCGGAUGAUGAAGAAGAGCAAGAUGAAGAUGACAAUGAAGAUGAAGAUGAAGAGAAAGAUGAGGAAGAAGAUGAGGAAGAAGAAAAUGAAAAGAAUGACCAGAAAGAAGGAAAGGAAGAAGAUGAUGAAGGAGACGACGAUUAUGAUGAUGAUGACUAUGAUGAUGAUGACUAUGAUAAUGACGACUAUGAUGAUGACGACUAUGAUGAUGACGAUGAUAAUGAUGAUGAUGAAGACGAUGAGGAUGAUGAUGACGACGAUGAUGAUGAGGAUGAUGAUGACGACGAUGAUGAUGAUGACGAUGACGACGAUGAUGAUGACGAUGAUGAAGACGAGGAAGAUAAUGAUGAUGAUGAUGAUGAUGACGACGAUGAUGAUGAUGAUGACGACGACGACGAUGAUAAUGAUGAUGACGACGAUGACGAUGAAGAAGAAGAUACCAGGGGAGAAACGGAUGAUAAUAUAUGUGAAAAAGAAGAACUAGAAGAUGAUGAUGACACAUAUGAAUAUAGUGAUGAGGAUAGCACACAUAAAGAUAGCAAUAAAAAAAGAAGGAAAAAACGAAAUAAUAAAAAAAGUAAAAGAAAGAGAAAAAGAAAAUGUAAAUAUGAUGAUUAUUGUGAUGAUAAUGAAAAUGAAGAUAUUAGAAAAGAAAAUGAAAAAGAAGAAGAAAGUUAUUACAAUAAGAAGAAAAAUUUAUAUCUGGAGAAAAAAAAUAAGAAAUUUAAACACAAUUAUAUAUAUUUAAAGAAUUUAUUUAAGGAAAAUAUAUGUAUUAAUACAUUAAAUGUUUCAAAUUUUAUAUCUGUUAGUAAGGACAAAUUAACAGCUACAUACACUGCUUGGGGAAAGCAUACCGAUAUAGCAUGUGUUCAAGUUAAUAAAUGUGCCUUAAGAGAUUGUAGUAUAUAUUAUUUUGAAGUGGAAGUAUUAAAUUGUAGCAACUUUUCUAAAAUAGUUAUUGGAAUGACAAACAAAAAUUAUACUAUUAAUAAGAAUCCGGGCUCUGAAUAUAAUUCAUUUGGUUAUAAAAAUGAUGAUGGAAAAAAAAUUAUUGAUGGAAAGAUUGAAAAUUAUUGUAAUGGAUAUACCAAAUAUGAUAUUAUUGGAUGUGGUAUUAAUUAUUUUGACAAUAGUGCAUUCUUUACAAAAAAUGGAAAAUAUUUAGGUAAGGCAUGUACCAUAAAUUUUAAAUAUGAUUAUUAUGCAACUGUUGGUUUAAGUACAUUAGGAGAUCGUAUUAAAUUUCAUUUAAACAAUUUCUGUUUUGAUAUUUAUAAUAUGAUAUAUGAAGAAAGUGAAAAAGAAAGAAAAAUAAUUAAAUCAAUAUAUGUACAAAAAGAUAUAUUUUCUGAUAUCAUUAAAUCGCAUUUGAUAAAAUGUGGUUAUUUCAACACGUACAAAUCUUUUAUGAAUUAUUUAGAAAAAAAUAAAUAUAUUGAUGACAAUAAUAGUACUGAAAGUUCGACGAAUCAUAACAAUGGAAUGGAUGGUAAUAUAUUUCCAAACAAAACGAAUACAUCCAAUAAUUCACAAAAGAAAGUAGAUAAUUCUUCAAAUAAUAAAAAUGAGGAGGAAAAAAAUAAUAAGAAUAACACAAAAGAAAUAAAAAAAGAAAAUGAAAAAGAAGAAAUGGAAAAUAAUAAUAAAAGUUCUGAAGGUAAUCAAGUACAAAUCGAAAAAGAAGAAAAAAAAAAAAACAAAAGUGAUAUAAACAUUAACAUAAAAAAUAAUACUAUGAAAAAUGUAACCGAACAGAAUCCAUACAAAUCUGUUACUUCGGAACAAUUAGAUGUUACAGAAGAAGAAAAUGAAAAUAAAAAGAAAAAAGAUAGUGAACACGAAAAUAAUGAGAAAAAUAUAUUAAAUUCUAUUUUGAAAAAUUAUUUGAACGUUUGUGAUAAAUUCGAUAAGAGUAAAAAGGUAGACGAAGAAAAAACUGAAACUAAUAAUGCAGUUAUGUUGAAUGAACCUGAUAAAAUUUCUAUAGUAAUCCCUCCAGGUAAUGAAAAAGAAAAAUGUGAUGAUAACAAAACAAUGAGAAUAGAAGGGGAUAACCAUAAGGAAGAUGUUAUAGAUGGAAAUGAAAAGCAUUUGGAAGAGGAGAAGUUAAAUAAAAAGGAAAUAAAUGAGGAGAAGGGAAAUUUCAAUAAGGAAGAAAAAGAGAAAAAAGACGUGGAUGAUGUAAAAUGUGUAAAAGAUAUGAAAGGUGUGGAAAAUGUGAAAGAUGUGGAAGAUGCAAAAGAUUUGAAAGAUGCAAAAGAUUUGAAAGAUGCAAAAGAUUUGAAAGAUGCAAAAGAUGAGAAAGAUGCAAAAGAUGAGAAAGAUGCAAAAGAUUUCAAAGAUGGAAAAGAUUUGAAAGAUGAGAAAGAUUUGAAAGAUGGAAAAGAUGGGAGAGGAGAAAAGGACUUAAAAGGAGACGUUGGAAAAAAUGAACUUGUGGAAUGUGCAUCCAAUAUGUUAAAAGAAUACAAUUUUAGUAAUUAUAAUUAUCGGGGUGUCAGUUUACAAAAUGCCUUAUGGGCAUCAAGCAAAAAUAGUUUAAGUAAUAUAAUAAAUAUAAGAAAAGAUUCAAGUUCUAUAUUAUUGAAUAGAUUAAGAAAUAAAAGGAGUCUAACUUCUAAAGAUGAUUUGAAUGUAUUAGCAAGUAGUUUUAUGAAUGCUAAAAAAGAUGCCAAAAAAAAUGAUAAUGAUAUUAAUAAGAAAAUACAUGUUCUUCUAAAAGAAAAAUCUAGUAUUUUUAAAAAUGAAAAAAAAAAAUUAUGUAAGAAAGGAAGUAAAUGUUAUUCUAAUGAUAAAGAAUAUAUUACUAAAUAUUUUAUGAAUUUAUAUUUAUCCGAAGAUAAGUUAAAUAAAAUGAUCGAUUCUUUAGAAACUAGAUAUAUCAUCAGAAAUAAUAUUAUGGAAGGAAAUAUUAUAAAUGUAUUGAAUAUAUUAGAAGAGGAAUAUUCAGAAAUGUUUACGAGUGAGCAAGCUAUAUUUAACAUAGCUAUGUUAUAUACACAACAAUUAAUAGAAAUAUUAAAACCAAAUAAAAAAUAUAUAAAGUCCUUAUCAUUAAGAAAAAGAGAAAAUGAUAAAAAUAAAAAUAGAGAAAUUUGUAAUAAUUGUGAACUAGGAAAAAACAAAUAUAAUGAUAGUUUAUGUAGUGAUAGUAGUUAUAAAACAUACAACACUUUAAGUGAUAAUCAUUUUUAUGAUGAUAUAAAAACCGAAUACAAUUCUUCAGAUAGUUUAUUCUGUGAUGAAGAAUUAUCAUUUGUUGAUAAAAAAAAUAAUGUAAUAACAUCAAAGCUAGAAAAAGUAUAUAAUGGAGAAUAUAAAAAAAAUAAAAAAAAUCACAAAAUGAAACAUAAUAAUAAUAAAAAAGAAUAUGAAAAUGAUAAUAAAAAAUUAAAUGAUGGUGAAAAACAUAAUAUAAAUGACAUGAAUAAUAAUGUAAAUAAUGGUAAUAAUAAUAUGAAUAUAUUAAACAAUAACUCAAAAAACACAAAAGGAGAUAUGAAUGAUAUGGUAGCAUCUAAUACACUAAAUAUACAUACAACAAAUGAUAAAGAAAAUAACAUAAUAAAAGAAGAAAAUAUAGGAGAAAACAACAUAGAUUCCUAUAAUAAAGAUAAAAAAAAUGAAUUACAUAAUGAAGAUUUUUUAAAAGAAAAGAAAAUGGAACAAAUUAUAUAUCAAAAUAUUUGUUCGAAUUAUGACGAAAAUUUUUCUAGAACAAAUAAUUUGCAGGAAGAUUACAAAUCCCAUUUUAAUAAGUUAUUGAAACAAUAUGAAUUUUUUAAUGACGAUAAUCCAUAUAAAAAUAAAUGUAAAAGGAAUAAUUAUAAAAAUACAUACACAGAACAAAAUUAUAUAUCUUCUAGUUCACACGAAGACAUAUUUUCUGAUUCUGAUAGCAAUGAUUCAAAUUUUAAUGAAAAGUUUUAUGAAUAUAAUGAUAUAAAUUUUGAUCAAAUAUAUCAAUAUAUAUAUAAAAACAAAAUACCAUCAAACAAUCAACAAUUAAAAUUUAAAAAGGAUCAUAUGUAUUUAGCUCUCUUAUGGAUAAAAGAAAAAUUAUCUUUAUUUAAUAAAUAUAAUUUACUUAAUGUCAGACAGUGUAUUCUAGAUACAACUUCUCUAAUAGCUUAUCAUAAACCAUAUAAAGAGAAAUUAGUUCGUAUGUUCUUCUCUCGAAAUAGAAAUUUAUUAACGUUUAAUUCUAUAAACGAAGGAAUAUUAAAUAUAUGUUUAAACGUUCCCGUCUACUCCCCCCUGGAAAUAAUGGUCAAACACUUGAUUUUAUGCAGGAAUUUAUUACGUGAGAAAAAAGGCAAUAUAGGUAUUAUUUAUGAUUGCAGUUAUGUGUGUCAACCUUAUAAAAGAUACAUGAUAAAAAUAAAAAAUAACAAAAAAAAAAGAAGAUACUUUAAAGAAACAAGUACGAAAUUAAAAAACGAAAAAAAUUCACUAAAUGGAAAACUCAAUGAUGAUAAAAGAUUAUCUAUAUUUCAAUAA